CGGACUGAGGGCAACGGUGGUUCGCUCGCCGACUCCGGAGUAGCCGCUUUGCCCUUCGCCUAGUCGGGACCAUGGCAAGCCCAAGAACAAGGAAAGUCCUUAAAGAAGUGAGAGUGCAAGACGAAAACAAUGUUUGUUUUGAGUGUGGUGCAUUUAACCCCCAGUGGGUGAGUGUGACCUAUGGAAUUUGGAUCUGUCUGGAGUGCUCAGGAAAACACAGAGGCUUGGGGGUUCAUCUGAGUUUUGUGCGCUCUGUCACAAUGGACAAAUGGAAAGACAUCGAAUUGGAGAAGAUGAAGGCCGGCGGUAACUUGAAAUUCCGAGAGUUUUUAGAGUCUCAGGAUGAUUAUGACCCUUGCUGGUCGUUACAAGAGAAGUACAACAGCAGAGCUGCAGCACUCUUCAGAGAUAAGGUGGCCGUGUUAGCUGAGGGCAAAGAUUGGUCCUUUGAAACCUCUGCUGCUCGGAACUGGAGCCCUCCGCAGCCCAAAGUUGCUUUGUCCUCAGUUCAUCGAAGUUCUGGAGGGCAACCGCAGAAUACCGGUCCCACUUCUGAUAAAGCAUUUGAAGAUUGGUUGAAUGAUGACGUUGGUUCCUAUCAAAGCGGCCAAGAAAAUCGCUACGUUGGGUUUGGGAAUACAGUCACUCCUCCAAAAAAGGAAGAUGACUUCCUCAAUAAUGCUAUGUCUUCUCUUUACUCAGGCUGGAGUAGUUUUACCUCUGGAGCAAGCAAGUUCGCCUCUGCAGCUAAAGAGGGUGCUAGCAAGUUUGGAUCUCAAGCAACUCAAAAGGCGUCAGAGUUAGGUCAGAGUUUAAAUGAAAAUGUUCUCAAACCUGCACAGGAAAAGGUGAAAGAUGGAAAAGUGUUCGAAGAUGUUUCCCACGGAGUCUCGCAUUUUGCUUCCAAGGUCCAGGGAGUAAGUACUAAAAGCUGGCGAGAUAUGACCACUUUCUUUUCUGGAAAAGCAGACGGGUCUUCUGAAAGGCCCCCGGAAGCGGAGAGCUACCAGAACAGCAAAAACGAAAGCUACCAGAACAACUCCGUGGAUCAGAGUUUCUGGGAGACCUUCGGCAAUUCAGACCCGCCCAAAACCCACAAGUCCCCGAGCAGCGACAGCUGGACGUAUGUGGACAAUUCGGCAGAGAAGAAAAGCUCCGACAGCUGGGAUGUCUGGGGUUCGGGCACCGUUUCCAACAACAAGAACAGUAAUGGCGACAGCUGGGAAAACUGGGAGACCAACUGGGAAAACGCCGCCGGGGAGGGCAAAACCAAAAAGACUCCGAAGAAGGCCACGAAAGAGCCCUCUUCGGCCGCCGAAGAAGAAUGGGACAAUCACAACUGGUAGGACCCGUCCUCUAACCAGCAUAGCAGAAGAGGGG